AUGGCAGUUAAGUGCAGUGCGUGCGGUAAAUACAUGUCUCCGCAAGAUGGCGCUAAUGUUACUUGUACAAAGUGUAAUAAACAGCUACAUCGUGCGUGUGUAGGCAUCCCAGUGGGCGCUUCACUAAUGCCAUACUGGGCUUGCCCUGAAUGCAAAUUGAAAGAAAAACGUUGCAACAAGGACACAACGCCGAUAAAACCCGCAACAAUUACUGUUGCUAAUUCGAGUGAGGUUUCAAACCUCGGAGAGGAAUUGCGAUGUUUCCGAGAAGAAAUGCGAGAAACCCGCGAAGAAUUUCGGGCAUUCAGAGAAGAACUUCAGGAAAUAAGAAACCUUGUCAGCAAAUGCGAUGCUCGUUUAGAUAAGCUCGAGAACACGGUCCAAACUAUCUUGGAAUCACAAGAGCAAUAUGGCUCUCAAGGAUUCAAAAUUGAAAUCCUAAAACUCGAUUCGACCGUCAAUCAGCUGCAAGCCGACUUAAACGAUAAGGAUCAGGAGUUGCUUGCAAAUGACGUCGAAUUAAGUGGCAUUCCAGAGGAGAGUGGGGGAGAAACCAACACACUUGGUUCUAUCAGUUGUGACCAAGCUUGGUGUUCAUUUGGAGGAAAAGGAACUGGUCCAUUGACAGAAGUUGGAAAAGAUAAUGAAUUAUAA